GCAGUGAUCCGGCUCAACGCAUCCUUCCUACCUGUUCAAAUCGACAUAGAUUAUUCCUGUCGAUUUCACGCAAAUCAUUGACUACAAUCCACCGUUUCUUUUAAAUAUUUGCCUUUUAUUUCUCUGAACCGGAAGACCUUAAAGAAAUCAAAGUUCGCAAGGAGGUGACAUCUGGCUGCUCGACACCUUACUUCAUUGAAUGAGGGUUAACACCAAUUAGCAAUUGUUUUGGUUCGAUACCCACACAAAAUUAAACACGCCCAGCUUUCAGUCGGAAGCAACUGGACACAGUCAUUUAAAUCUGCAGGUUAACGGUGACGAGCUGGCGCAGGUCGUGGGUUGUCCGUGGAUAAUGCGAGACAGUGGCGGUAGCCUGGCCCAGAACCGCUGGCAGGGAGAUCUGGGUCUGACUGCUGUGGGGCAGGACGACACAGGAGGAGGUGGGAUCCCUGGAGACCACCUCAUAGUCCCAGUGUCAGGCCACAGUGUACCCAGCCCCAUGCACCUCAGACUGGGGCAGAAAGAGAAGGCGUGGACAGGCGAGUACGUAGACAAGGAGGAUGGGAUGGGUAGGAUUGAGCCAAUAGGUGACGAAAACUAUCUGGACGGGGAGGAGGAGGGUGAGUUUGAGGGCGAGGUUUGGAAUAACAAUGAAGAUGAGGAAGAAGAAGAGGAGGAGGAGUUGGAAGAGGAUGGAGACCAAGUGGAGGUGGAGUGUGAGAUCCCAGACUUUCCCUCCCAGUCCGCCCAGCACCCUCAUUCACAACAAUACCAACAUUAUGGACCACAACAGAAGCCAGAAGAAGGCGGUGAUGUCCCUGUAGAGGAUACUGUCUCCCAGGCAGGAUCAGGGAACUUGUUCAGGUCCCACCUCAGCAGGUACAGGGCUGUGAAGAGGCUCAGGCGCUGGCAGCGUUUGCGAUCUGGAGGCCUUGGAUUUCGGCUCACCCAGCACUGGAAGAGCUGGCGCCAGCGGGCCCAGUGGGUAUGCUCCCAAGGGCACCGGUGGAGCCGGAGAGGGCAAAGGUACAAUCUGUACGGCAAGCAGAAGAAGAUAAAAAGGUUUCAGCAACCGCCGUACACCGAUGGAGAGGACGAGGGCAACCAUGGGAGGUUCAUUGAAUCUCAGAGAGAUAAACAGAUAAAUGGCUGCUCACCAGACAAGCAAGAGGACAGAGGGAGACGGGAAGUGGAGGUCAAACCAAUGGAGCUGGCCCUGACUGAGGAACACGUGACUUGUGUGACAGGUAUUCUUGAAGAGUCUCUACAGCACUAUGGCAGUUUGAUCCCCAUCCAUGUGGACGACAUUGUGGAGAAGCUUCAGGACAUCUUCAACGAGAGCUUCUCACAGCCACACAGGAAAGCAGUGGUCCAGCACCUAAUACAAUCCUUCCAGCGUUCUUCAGGAUCGGCCCUGGCGAAAACAUUCAGAGUCAACUACAAACGCCAUGUUCUGACAAUGGAUGACCUAGGCACUCUGUACGGACAGAACUGGCUCAACGACCAGGUUAUGAACAUGUAUGGUGACCUGGUCAUGGACUCAGUGCCAGAGAAGGUUCACUUUUUCAACAGCUUCUUUUAUGAUAAGCUAAGGACAAAAGGCUAUGAAGGAGUCAAACGAUGGACAAAAAAUGUUGACAUCUUUCAGAAGGAUCUUUUGUUGAUCCCUAUCCACUUGGAGGUGCACUGGUCGCUGGUCAGUGUUGACAUACCUCGUCGAGCCAUCACUUACUUUGACUCUCAACGGACCCUCAACAGACGCUGCCCAAAGCACAUUUUUAAGUACCUGCAAGCAGAGGCCAUCAAAAAAGACCAGCAAGACUUUUUGACAGGAUGGAAAGGCUUUUUCAAAAUGAAUGUGGGUCGUCAAAACAACGACAGUGACUGUGGGGCUUUUGUGCUGCAGUACUGCAAGUGUCUGGCAUUAGGGCAGCCGUUCAGCUUUGGCCAGCUGGAUAUGCCCCGGCUGAGGAGGCAAAUGUACAAAGAACUGUGUCACUGCAAGCUCACCCUGUGACCCAUCACCCUCAUCCCAGCCCACCAUCUCCACCUGCUCCCACCCCUGACCCUAACAAGAUGGAGGGACAAUGAUGUAACAAGAAGAGGACACGGGGAGCAAAUGAUUGACUGGAAAAAGAGAAAACUUUUCAAAAACUUUUGUUUUUCUCUGCCAACAUCCAGAGAAAGUACUCCUUCUGUUGUAGGUGGUGUCAUUGUUUUGCUUUGUUUUGUCUCUCUUUACUUCCCUCUCUCCACCCUUUGAAAACUUCAAUUUAAUUUCCAUGUCAUUGUUAUUCCUUUGUGGUUGACAGAGGCCAAGACUAGCUUCCGUUUUGGGAAUGUGCUAAUCAUCCAACCUAUCGUAGUCCAGUUGUGUUUUUCUGAAUGGGAGCAUGAAGAAAUAUCUAAAUAAUCCAGUCCAGAUUAAAGCUUGGUCAAACCUGAUUUAUUACGGUCAUGUAAGAUGCCUGAGCACUGACUGCAGGGGUAGCAUGGUUGGAUGGCAAAAUUAUUUGAACCAGUCUGUGUAAGCUUGUGGUUAAAUUGUACCAGUGGAUCUCCAUGCCUGCCAUCCAUCCAGUCCAUCCAAUAUGUUGUGACUCAUUCCAAACAUCCAAAGUAUGAAAGCCGACAUCUUUAAAAAGCAACAUAGAAACAUAAAAAUACACUCCCCCCAUGCUACAGCCAAUCUUGUGUUGACAAUGCUAUCCAGUCAGCACUUAAUCAUUUCCACUGUAGUGAUGUGACAUUUCCAAUGUAUAAUAUUUGUUUAACAAUUUCCUACAAGCUAUUUAGAUGUCAGAAUCAGAAUUUACACAUCUGUGGAACACACCACAUAUUUACCCCUUAGCCCGGAAACGUCCUCUGCCUCCAUCACUCUUCCCAGUUAUAGAUAUAAAGAAAAAAAAAAAGAAAUCUUCAUGUGUGGAGACUGGAUCUGCAUCUGUGGAUCACCACCUAAACAAGCCAGAGUGACACAUUGGCCCAAAGAAGGGGUAUCUUUACAUUGCAUUAAUCUUUUUCCGUGUUUUAUCUCCGUCAGUAAAUGUGUUGAUAUGCUUAUUGCUUUAAACAAACGGUGUUAAAAGGAGGACUACUAAUUUGAGUUAUUUUCAGAGUUAAGUACAAAAGAGAUCCUCUGGUUAGUAUUUCUUUGAACGUUUUAAGAGCCAUUUUGGUGAGGACCACGACUGCUACACACAGAUCCAGUAUGUCCACAGUGGAGUUACAGUACCCUCCUCUUCUUUUUAUAAUGAAAGAAAACUUUCUUGACAGCUGUGUUUUUGAUUUUUUUUUUUUUUUUUUCGAACAGGAGUUGAUGCAACAGAGUUGACAGUUUUAUAUAUCUUCUACAAUGCAUUAUGGUUGCUAAAAAUAAAAAUACACGGCAAACAA